UCGUUUAUGCAACGGAGUAAUGCUCGUGUUAGAUUCAGCGGUGGAAAUGGGUGUUGCGGCUCCAGCAAUUUGACUUCUAAUCACGCUUCUACCGUGGGUGUGAUCGAUUUUUUAACAAAAUAUUUGAAGUUGCUGGAAUUCAUUUGUUGCUGAUGAAUGGUGGAAGAUGGUGAGUUGGUUGUUUAGCAGGGUUAAGUUCUGUGGUUUCCCGUGUAAAAACCAGAGAGGAUCGAAUUUAAAUCACCUGCAAAGUCGUUAUCUGGUGAACAUAAAACUGAAAUGGGUGAAAGAUAAAGACUUAGAUUCUGUAGUGAGUGCUGAGAAGGACCUCAAGGCUGUUUGCUUUCUUGUAUCCAUAAUCUCUUCAAGUCUUGAACAAUGCGUACCGAUCUACCGUCUGCGUCGCCAUCGUCGGCAGCUUGGUCUUCCGGAUGAUGUCAAGAUGUCUACCUUUAUUAGGAGAUACCCUUCUAUCUUUCAUGAGUCACAUAUUCGUGACAGUGCAGGCACUCCUGUGCCAUCUUUUGGCUUAACUUCAGAGGCUAGGGAACUUUAUGAGGAAGAAAUCGUUGUCGUUCGACAAUGUUGGACGGAUAUUCGAUCUAGGCUUUGCAGAUUGCUAAUGCUCACGAGUGGUACGACACUUCCUUUACAGACAAUUGACCAGUUGAGAUGGGACAUGGGGCUGCCAUAUGAUUAUCGGAACUCUUUCGUUCCAUAUAACCAUGACUUGUUUUCAUUUGUCCAGCUCCGUGAUGAUCGAGUUGGGUUGAAACUUCUAUCCUGGGAUGAUGAUCUUGCUGUUUCUGAACUGCAGAAGAAAGCUGGUUCCCAACAGGUGGAAGAAGACGUAAGAAAUGGCUGUUUGGCCUUUCCAAUUGGAUUCACAAGAGGUUUUGGAUUGAGGAGAAAAUGUAUGGAUUGGUUAAGAGAAUGGCAGAAGCUUCCUUACACUUCUCCAUAUUGUGAUGCCUCCCAUUUGGAUCCCCGUACCGAUGUGUCCGAAAAGAGGAUUGUCGGAGUCUUUCAUGAACUUCUCCACCUUACCUUGCAAAAGAAAACCGAACGCAAGAACGUAAGCAACCUCCGCAAACCGUUCUCUAUGCCUCAGAAGUUCACAAAAGUGUUUGAGCGUCAUCCUGGUAUCUUUUACAUCUCUAAGAAGAAUGACACACAGACUGUAAUCCUUCGAGAAGCGUACGACGGUGACAAGCUUCUGCAGAAGCACCCUCUUGUUAGCAUCAGGGAAAAAUUUGCAAACACGUCGAGGAAAGGUCAACUAGAUAGAAGUAGAGGUUUAUACAAAAAAGAAGAUCCAUUUGGACAUUUUCAUCGUGAUGAAGUAGAUGAAGCUCGAUAUAGUUCCGAAGAAAUGUCCGACUAUAACUUGCUUUCGGAAUAUGAUUCGGAAUCAGAUGACCCAAUUGACAACAACUGCUGAAGAAGUUGCUAUGAUUCUACAGCCCCCUGGCAUUCUUUUGAUCAAACUCUUCAAAGUCUUGCAGUAACUUGCAACUUGCCCAUCAACAAGGUUUGUGUUUAUCGUAGAGUACUCUUCUAUCUAAUUUGUUCUUAUUUCAAUUGGUUUAUAUAGAUGUAAAAG